CGAGGAUCCGACCGCUUCCAUGGGAUCCUGGGCCGGAAGAAAGAAUUUUGCGCUUCCGACGAAACGUGGGGUAGGGAGAUGCAAAGGUGCUGGAUCAAGUUCCUAGCCGCUUCAAUUUUUAGAGAAGCCGAAACGUACCGCUAAUCCCAACAUGAGCUCUCGAAAGCCAUCGCGUCCCAACUUCCUCAUUUUCCUAGCAGACGACCUUGGAUGGUCCGACACGGGUUGCUUCGGCGGAGAGAUUUCGACACCAAACAUCGACGAGCUGGGCUACCAUGGUCUACGCUUUACCGACUUUCAUACCGCAGCCCUAUGCUCCCCUACGCGUGCUAUGCUGCUAACCGGAACGGACCACCACAUCACUGGCCUCGGACAACUAGCAGAAUGGAUAAUAAAGUCGCCGUCCCACCUUGGGCAGCCGGGGCAUGAAGGCUUCCUGAACGAUCGGGUUGUGACGUUUCCCCAGAUGCUGCGAGAUGGCGGCUACUGGACCUGCAUGUCCGGGAAAUGGCACCUAGGCCUGGAAAAAGACCAAAGUCCUUGGGCGAAAGGCUUCGACAAGUCUUUUGCCCUGCUGCCCGGAUGUGCGAGCCAUUAUGGUUACGAGCCACCAUUGGCGUCGAAAGAGGAGAUUCCGCCAUUUUUCUCUACUAGCACUGCCUGCUAUCAUCGGGAAGACGAGCACAUUGUCCGGCGUCUUCCAGAGAACUUUUAUUCAUCCGACUUUUAUGCGGAUAAGCUGAUUGAAUACCUCGGCGACCAUCAGAGGGAAGCUCCUGACCAGCCGUUCUUCGCAUAUCUUCCAUUUAGCGCGACUCACUGGCCGCUACAAGCACCCAAGGAGAACUGCGAGCAUUACUUGGGCGAGUAUGAGGACGGACCACAUGCGCUGCGACUGAAACGCAUUGAGCAGCAGAAAAGGCUGGGUCUGAUUCCGAAGGACAUUGUCCCGCAUCCGAUAGUCGCGCCGGAAGUACCAGAGUGGGAGAGCAUGUCUGCGGAUGCAAGGGCGAGAUCAUGUCGAACAAUGGAGGUGUAUGCUGGCAUGGUGGAGCGGAUGGACGAAAAUGUUGGAAAGGUUGUCGAGUAUCUGAAGUCAUCCGGGCAGUACGAGAACACGUAUAUCAUCUUCAUGAGCGACAACGGAGCUGAGGGUGCAGCCAUUGAAGCAAGCCCGACGAUGCAAGGAAAGACGCUGGAGCAUAUGCAGAAAUACUACGACAACUCGCUGAACAACAUCGGGCGGGCAACGUCGUAUUGCUGGUACGGGCCGCUGUGGUCGCAGGCUGGGACGGCUCCAUCGAGGCUGUAUAAGUGGUUUAGCACUGAGGGAGGAGUCAGGGUACCGUUCAUUCUGUCGAAGCCGGGACUGGCUCACAAAGCGGGCAUUGAAGAGGCAUUCUGCACGGUGAUGGAUCUCGCUCCGACUAUCCUUGACUUGGCUGGAGUUAAAUGCCAUGAUGGGUGUUAUGCAGGACGCCAAGUCGCGCCAAUACGUGGGAAAUCGUGGAAAGAAUGGCUCUCAUCGCCAAACGGCCUCGAAAUCCAUGAUGCGGACUAUACUGUAGGGUGGGAACUCAUGGGCUGCGGAGCGCUGCGGCGCGGGGUGUGGAAGAUUGAUUGGGUGCCGCCGCCAAAGGGCCCAGGAAGAUGGCAGCUGUACGACCUCUCGAAAGACCGCGGAGAGAUGAAUGACCUCGCAGAUACUUAUCCCGAGAAGCUUGAGGAGCUGGUAGGACUAUGGCGGAAGUACGCGAAGGAGGUGGGCGUUGUUGGUUUGAAGAACGAGAUCGAGGAGUUCAGAACGAUGAAAGUAGAGGAGAAUCCAGAUAGGGUUACUUGGCUGCAGUUCAUGGAGCCCGACGGCCCGCAUCAUCGAGGGACUGUGGCGGAGGCCUGAGGUUUAAUGGAGCUGGAAUUUGCAUCACUAAGCGAAGGCGCUAUCCCUGUAAAGGCAAGGCGCUAGCUUAUGCUCAUCUUAAGUCUUGGGAUCUCGACAAUUGAC